AUGGAGAAUAGAAUUAGAUGUUAUGAAGAAAUAUCAUCUGAGACUUUUGAUACAGAAAAUGCGGCCACAGACUCUUCGUCUGAUCAGGUUGAUGUUGAGUCAGUGAUAUUAAAAAUCUACAAACAAUUUGAGAAAAGUGCUGAAAUAGAGCCAGAGUUCCCUGUAGUAAGAAAAAGAGUUCAUUGUCAAUUGUUGAAGGACUACCUCAGAACUUUACCACAGAAAUAUGAAUGCUUAGAUGCAAGCAGAACAUGGAUUGUAUACUGGGUCCUGCACUCAUUGUGGUUACUUAAUGAUAUGCCUGAUGCAGAGACAUUAUCUGAUAUAGUUAAGUUUUUGACUUUGUGUCAGCAUGAAGAGGGUGGGUAUGGAGGUGGUCCAGGACAGUACCCGCAUCUAGGUACCACAUAUGCCGCUGUUAAUGCCCUUAGCAUAAUAGGCACAGAGGAAGCAUAUAACUCUUUAGACAGAAGUAGUUUACAAAAGUUUUUAUGGACUGUGAGAGACGUUGAUGGAUCAUUUGCACUUCAUAAAGGUGGGGAGCAAGAUAUAAGAGGAGCAUACUGUGCUGUUAGUAUUGCUAAAAUUACAAACACAUACACUGAUGCCUUAUUUGAUAAGACAGCUGAAUGGAUAGUCAGCUGCCAGACAUAUGAAGGUGGAUUUGCUGGAUGUCCAGGCAUGGAGGCACAUGGAGGAUAUGCAUUCUGUGGCAUUGCAUCUUUGGCUUUGUUGAAUAAAACACAUCUAUGUGACAUAGAUGCACUAUUAAGGUGGUGUGUAAAUCGUCAGAUGCGUUUAGAAGGUGGAUUCCAAGGGAGAACGAAUAAAUUGGUGGAUGGAUGUUACUCAUUUUGGCAAGGAGCUGCAUUUCCAAUAAUCAGUGCUAUCUUAUCUCAAGAAAAUAAAGAAUUGUUAGAAACAGUACUCUUCAAUCAAGGUGCCUUACAAGAGUACAUAAUUAUCUGCUGUCAAGCUUUGCCUGGGGGCGGCUUUAUUGAUAAACCUGGCAAGCACCGAGAUAUUUAUCACACUUGUUAUGCUCUGAGUGGGCUGUCAGUGGCACAGCAUGGCACAGGGGCUGGUGACCCCUUCAUAGUCGGCCGACCCAGCAAUGAACUCAACAGAAUACACCCACUCUACAAUGUUGCACCACAUCUUGCCUACAAUGCUGUCCACUACUUCAUCAGACAUCCACCACCAGUCAAAGAUAAAAAUUAA